AGAGAGAGAGAUAUGGCAGCGGCGUCGUUUAGGUGGAUACUGCAGCUGCACAAGGACGUGCCCAAAGCUGCUCGGUUCUACUCGGAAGGCUUGGACUUCACCGUGCACGUCUGUACUCUUCGCUGGGCUGAGCUUCAGUCCGGUCCACUCAAACUCGGCCUCAUGCAAUCCCCCAAUGACCAUGUAAUGCAGAAGGGACACUCAUCGCUUCUGUCGUUCACAGUGACAGACAUUAAUCAAACAAUGACGAAACUAAUGGCAUUAGGAGCUGAACUAGAUGGUCCUAUCAAAUAUGAAAUCCAUGGCAAGGUUGCAGCAAUGCGCUGUCUUGAUGGGCACAUUUUAGGCCUCUAUGAACCUGCAUAGGAGCUCCAGAUGCUACACCCUUAAGAAUGCAGCUAGACUUUGAGCUUUUGUUAUGGCAUCUUGAAAUCUUCUGAACACGUAGAGAAGAUGUGAGAGAUUUCACCUUUUUUCGGGUUUCCUUCAACAAUUGAUAGGGUUUGUUCGUCGAGGUCUAUCACUGCUGUGCAUAGAGUGUAAAGCGUUGGACCUGGAAACACGGCAAGCAGUUUAAUCAGGAGUAGGAAUA